AUGUAUAAAAAAACUUUUCUUGGUCGUGCAUCAAGUGAAAUCGACUCUGAUGAUAUUUAAGAUGAAUAUCAACAAAUUAUUGAUAAUGAAAGCAUUUAUCAAUAAUACUAUUAAAAUUCAAAUGCCAGUUAAUAUAUUGAAGAAGAAUCAUUCUCAAAAUAAUCAGUUAAUAUACAAUUAUUGCAUCAAAAUUUAAAAAAUUAUGGAACCAUGAGAGGAUUGCAUUCUUAAAUUGACAUAUCCACUCUAAAAAGAUUAAAUCAAUCUUCAUAUGUAGAAUUUGAUGAUUAGCAAAAAUAUAAAAUGAAUUAUGAUAUAAAUAGAAUUUAUAAAGGUGUUCCUAAAAAUACUAUUAUUUAAGAUUAAGAAUAUGAAACUAAAACUAUUUUUCAUGAAUAUCUCUAUAGUCUUGAAGAUUAACUUCAUGAUAUUGAUGUAGAAAUUUUACAAUUAAAAUUUUUACUGAAAAAAACUGAAAAAAUGUUAAAUAGUUUUAAUGCUUAUAAAUCUUUUAUUAUUCAAUAAAAAUUCAAUUUCAUUUCAAUAAUAGACUCUUAGAUUUUAUAACUUAAAAACAAACGAAAAGCACUUUAAAAUAUAAUUUAAUAAGAAGAUGGUCUACAUUAAUUAUCAAAUGAUCAAUAAUAUUACAAUAAAAUAAGCUAUGAAAAUGAGAAAUUAUCAUCACGCUUUAUUACUUCUUUUUAUUUGUCUAAGUAAAAUUAAAUACUCACUAAUGUAUCCUAAGCAUUUACGAUUAAUUUUCUCAAUUUUCAACCGAAUUGGCUAAAACAACUUGAAUUAUAAUACACUCAACUUUAACUCAAAUAAAGUCUCUUAAUUCCUCCUAUCCAAAUAUUUCAUUUUCCAAAUUAAACAGCAUUGUCCUAUUCAUUUUUAUUGUUAAAUUUAAUAUUUUAAAAGAAACAUCAAAACUAACAUAAUAUUUGGAUGACUACUCUUUUUAAAGAUUUUUUUUAAGCUUCAUUUGAGAUUGAAGAAGAUUAACUUUAACAAUUAAAUUUCAAAUUUCAUAGACAAAAUAAUUGUUCUUUAUUUGAUUCUUACUUUAAUUAUAUCAUGUAAAAUGUAAAAAAUGAAAAAAUAAUUUGUUAAAAUCAAGAACUAAAACUUAUAGAUCCUUAAUUAGAGCAGAUAGAUUUUAAAAAUUAAUAAGCACCUCUUAAAUAAAAAGAUAAGCUUAACUUUUUUCCAGAUUUAUAAGAUAUUUAAAUUUUAUAUGGCGAAAUGAUUCUCCUAGAAAUAUUUCAUUUAUUAUUCAACUUGUAUUUAAGAGCAUACAGAAUAAUUUAUUUAUAAGAAGUAUAAGAAUACUAAGGAGAAUAGAUUAAAUUAAAUGAACUAUUACCUUAUUUACUGAUUAAGUAACUUGAAGAUAAAAUAAAAGAUUAUUAAAUUUAUACUUUUUUAAAAAAUUGUUUCAUAGAACAAUAAGCUAUUUAGUUUUAAGGAAUUUUUGCAAUUCUAGCCAAAUUUAAAAAAGUUUUUCUUAAAUUGGAUGAAAAUUCAAAAGAACUUUUAUUAAUAUAUACAUAAAGAUAAUUAGGAAAUAAAUCUUAAGUUAAAAUAUAAGAUGCAAAAUAAAAUUUAUUAACAAUCCCUGAUAAUAUUCUAAGAAAAAUAAAUUAUGAAUCACAAUAAAAGUAAUUAUGUAGAUUAUAAAUUACGAAAAAUUUAGUAUUUAUUCAUAGAUUUAUUUUGCAAGACACCAUUCUAUGA